AUGGGAUGGUCGGAGGAGAUCAAUCUACGGGCUUGGGUGGUGAACUGGAUCAUCAGGAUAUCUAUCACUCUCCAGCUGGCACAGCUUAUCAUCACCACCACAGCGGCCUAUGUCCAUUGGUUCUACAUGAGGAAACCACUCCAGAGAUAUCCUCCCAAGAUGAUGAGCGCAACCUCCCUCUUCCUGGCCACCAAAGUCGAGGAAGUACCUAGGAAGCUGGAGUGUGUGGUUUGCAAAUACUUCUCCGUCAACAAGGAUGAUAAUGAACAAACAGGCCCAAUCAGUGAUUCUUCAAAUAGUUUGCUUCCAAAAAUGGCCGAUUGGGCCAAAGCCAAGUUGAUCGCUCAGGCCGCCUGGGGGUUCAUCAACGACUCCUUGAUGUCCCCGCUGUGUCUUGUCGCCAAACCUGAGCUCAUUUCUGCCUUGGCCCUCCUCCUCGCCAUCUCCCAUUGUCUCUCCAAAUCUCCACCCUCAUAUCCGGACCAAGAGGGGAAUCAUCAAGAGCCACAUAACAUCAAAAAAAUCCGGUCAACUUCAAUCGUUUCCUCAACCUUCCCCUCGCAACGGACCUGA